AUGCUCGUUCUGCCCAUCUCGGCCCUGCUCAGCAAGGCCAGCCUCAUCCCCCUUGCCGAGUUCUGGGCGCGCGCGACGGAGCCGGUGGCGCUGUCGGCGUACUAUGUGACGUUCAGCAUGUCUGUGGUGGCGGCCCUGAUCAACUGCUUUUUCGGGUUCAUCCUCGCCUGGGUGCUCGUCAAGUUUGACUUCCCAGGCAAGAAGUGGAUCGACGCCGCGGUGGACCUGCCGUUUGCUCUGCCCACGUCUGUUGCCGGCCUCACACUCGCUACUGUGUACAACGACGACGGGCUGAUCGGCUGCUUCCUGACUAAGCUGGGCAUCAACGUGGUGUUCACGCGGCUCGGGGUGGCCGUGGCGAUGGUUUUCGUGUCGUUCCCAUUCGUUGUGCGGACGAUGCAGCCCGUGCUGCAGGAGAUGGAGCGCGAGGUCGAGGAGGCGGCGUGGUCCCUGGGCGCCUCCCCCUGGGACACCUUCGUCCGCGUCCUGCUGCCCCCCCUCCUGCCCCCGCUGCUUACCGGCACCGCGCUCGCCUUCAGCCGCGCGCUCGGCGAAUUUGGGUCCAUCGUGAUCGUCUCGUCGAACUUGCCCUUCAAGGACCUUAUCGCGCCCGUCCUGAUCUUCCAGUCCCUGGAGCAGUACGAUUUUGUGGGCGCGACGGUCAUCGGGACGGUGCUGCUGCUCAUCAGCAUGGUCAUGAUGAUUGGCGUGAACUACCUGCAGUCGCUCGGGCAGAAGGGCAGGCCGAAGGCGUGA